AUGUUGCCUCCAGAAUUUGCAAAACUCACAAAGCCAAACUCAUCURACUUUUUGCUAAGGGUAGAAUCACUGUGUCUUUAUGAAAAGGUCUUCGGUGUUGGAACCAAACUUGUUGUCACAGAUAAAAGGUUUGAUGCAGACACUUCCCCGAAGCCCACGAUUUUUCUUCCUUCACUUACUGAAAUAAAACUUCAUAAGGCUGGGACACAUCUUUGUCUUCUCGAGAACUUUUUCCCUGAUGUUAUUACGGUAUUUUGGAAAGAGAAGUAUGGUAAUAGGAUUCUGGAAUCCCAKCAGGGAGAUACCAUGAARACUAAAGACACUUACAUGAAGAUGAGCUGGCUAACUGUGACUGAAGAAUCAAUGGAUAAAGAGCACAAGUGUGUUGUCAAACAUGAGAAAAAUAGAGAGGGAGUUGAUCAAGAGAUUCUGUUUCCUGCAAUAAAGAAAGCUGUCACCACUAUUAAUCCCAGAGAAGCUGAUCUGGAAGUUGAAAAUGAUGCACUAAGGCUGCAGCUCACAUACACCUCUGCCUACUGGACCUACCUCCUCCUGCUGCUCAAGAGUGUGGUCUACUUGGCCAUCAUCACCUUCUGUUUGCUUAGAAGAACAGCUGUUGGUGGCAAUGGGAAGAGCUCCUAA